UCCCAUUCCAGCUAAUAUUUCAGCAACCAUGUCUUCAGCUCAGCAUCUCAGAGAUUUUAUCAGAGAGAGACUAACUGCUGCUGCUCAAGAAAUCUUCACCGAGGUUGAAAAAACCAUCAUUUGCUACGAGGAAGAGCUCGAUGCUCAGCGCAGGAUGAUGGGGAUCAACUGGAAACCAGAAAUUAAGCUACACAGAGUCGGUUCGGAGCUGCAGAGACAAAGUUCUGACCUCCAACAGCCAAGUGUCUCCAAUGAGGAAGAAGCUUCUGCCAUCCAACAAGUCUGUAGCCUGGCAAGUAGGUCCAGUCAGGAUCAGAAAGAAGCAGAACAUCAGUGGACUGAAGAGGUACAGAUGGAACCAGAACCAAAAUUGAUUAAAGAAGAGGAGGAACCAGAACCUGCACUGCUCAAACAUGAGCAAAUAGAAUAUCCACUAACAAAUGUAAAAAAAGAGGAGCUAGAUUCUUCAGUGUUUCAACAUGAACAGCAGCCACCAGAACAUUUACUAACUGGACAGGACCAGAAGAACCUCAGCAGCAAUCAGGAGGGAGAGCAGCUUGUCCAGAAGCAGUUUGCUGCUUUGAUUGAGACUUCUACUCUGCAGGAAGAUGAUAUGAAUGAAGAAGAGCGAAGAACAGAGCUGCUUUCCCUUCAUAUCUCUCCACUGGUUGAGAGCAAAGAUCAGGAAGGAAGCAGCUCCUCUGUGUCAGAGAGUCAGUCUGGUACCAGUACAAAGAAAAGAUCUUUCAAAUGUGACAUUUGUGGGAGAUGUUACACACGACAGUGGUACUUGAAAAACCAUUACAGAACCCACACUGGUGAGAGACUUUUUCUAUGUGAAACAUGUGGAAAGAGUUUCUCACAACUUAGUGAUUUAAAAGUCCACAAUAAAAUUCAUACAGGUGAGAGACCUUUUCCAUGCGAAUCAUGCAGAAAAACUUUCAAACGAAUUGGUGAUUUGAGAGUCCACAAGAGAAUUCAUACAGGUGAGAGGCCUUUUUCAUGCAAAUCAUGCGGAAAGUGUUUUUCUCAAAUUGGUCAUUUAAUUGCCCACAAGAAAACUCAUAUAGGUGAGAAGCCUUUUUCAUGCGAAUUUUGCAGAAAACGCUUCUCAGAAAAUGGUAGUUUAAAUGACCACAAGAACAUUCAUACAGGUGAGAGACCUUUUUCAUGCGAAUUAUGUGGAAAAAGUUUCUAUCGAGUUAGUAGUUUAAAUGCCCACAAGAAAAUUCAUACAGGUGAGAGACCUUUUCCAUCAUGACAAUCCUGUGGAAAAAGCUUCUCUCGAAGGAAUAAUUUGAGGAUUCAAAUGAAAACUCUUACAGGUCAAAGGCUGUUUUGAAGCCAAACUUGUGGAAAGGUUUUCCCUGAAAUUGAUCAUUUAGAUAAACUCAGGAGAACCCAAAUGGGUCAGAUGUGUUUUUCCACAUGAAAUAUGGGGUGAAAAAUGUCUUUCAUUAUGGUAAACUGAAUUUCCACAUGAAACAAAUAUAUAACAAGUACAUAAGAAUGGUGGAGCUGGAAUUGCCUAGUCCAGAACUCUCCAACCCAGUUGCUCAACAUUAAAUGUCCUGCAGGUUUUA